AUGGCUUCGUCGAUGACGAACCCGCCUGCUGCCCCGGACCCCUUCGAUCUGGGGAUCCACACUCCCGCCAAUCUCAAUCGAGGAGCCCGUGCAGCCCUCUUGCAGAACAGCCCGGCGGCCGUCAACACCCCCGUUGGUGUUUCACCUAGACCCGGGCGGAUGGCCCAGACACCACCUUCACCACUCAUCACCACCACCACUGCUGCAGCCACGGAAGGAACUGCACGCGAAUACGCCUCUCCGAUCCUCGAACAACGACCAAUUUCUAUCAUCGAGUCGGCCAAUGAUCUCGCGCGCGAGCGCGUCGAAGAAUACAAUGCCAAGUUAAUGGUCUUCCAGGCCUUUUGCGCCAAGUUUGAAGAAGCCGCCCAGCAAUUCACCACCGGACCGCAAAAGCGUUUCGCUCAACAAUUCGCCGUCAGCUUCCUUGACUCCUGGAAACGGGAGCUCUCCAGCAACGGAUCUACCUCUAAGCCCACGUACAGCAGCGUCACUGCCGCCUCGCCUCCGGUUGCAGGCGACCGUCGGGCCCACCCGCCUCAGCAACAUCGUCAGCAACAACAGCAACAGCGCCAACAGAUUCAUCCACCUCAUCGUCAGGGGCAACCGACGACCGCCGCCCCACCCCGACAGGAUCUCCGCGUCUUUAUCCGUCUAGAACCCGAAGCUCCGGCCCGGGCUCAGAGUAGCUACGCGAUCCGGACCCUUAUUCGGGAGAAACUCGGUGCCGUUUCAGAUAAGAUUCGACAAGUAUUUCAAGUCAGGUCUGGAUGGGCCGCCCAGACUGCCGACCCCGAUGUCGAAGCGACUUUGUGCCUGAGGCACUCAGAGAUUGAGAAUGCCGCUCAUUGGGCACACAUCUCCCAAACGUGA